CUCCAACGCUACAACGUCUCCAACCCACCCACAUCACCCCAACAAACCUACGCAACUCGCUACUUCCAGAACCCAGCCUCCCCACCCAUCCACCUGUGGACCGCCGCCAAAUUCUCCCAAAUCCCUCGUUCCCCAUAUCCAGAAGUGUGUUUUGUGGGCCGCUCCAAUGUGGGCAAGUCUUCCCUUCUCAACGCUGUAUUCGGACGCCCAAAAGAAAAGAUUGCAAGAGUUAGUUCAAAGGCUGGACACACAAAGACACUUAACGCGUUUGGAGUGGGUGGUGGUACAAGGGAUACUGCUGCUAAAGAGGCGUUAAAGCAAUUGCAGUCGGGGGCGCUGGUUGUGGUUGAUACGCCUGGGUAUGGAUACCACUCACGUCAGGAGUGGGGACCGGAGAUCAAUAAGUUUUUUGAGAAGAGAAAGCAAUUGCGCAUGGUGUUUCUGCUCAUCGACGCUCUCCACGGUGUCAAGCCCAGAGAUCUGGUGCUGUUGCAGCACUUCGAGAUGCAAGGCAUUCCCUAUCAGAUUGUUUUGUCCAAAGUGGAUAGGAUAGUCAUGACUGACUCCAAAGUGCCCGGUGCGGAGAAACUCGGCAGAAAAGUGGCUCAAUUGGACAAGAUUUACGAAGGGGUUGAGGAGCAGCUAGCUACAUUGGACCAAGGAAAGAGGAAAAAGAAACGAGAUGUUCUUGCUGCUAGUGCUGAGAAACAGAUCAAGGGACUGCAAGGCUGGGGUGGAGGCGCAAAGAUUGGUAUUGAGGCUGUCAGGUGGGCGGUGCUCAAGGCUUGUGGCUUGGAC